AUGUCAUUAAUGAGACGAAAUAUAUCUACCACUACCACGGCGGCCGAAGCAACGGCCACGACACCCUCCUCCUCUUCCUCCUCCACCUCAACGAUCUCUCCUUCACGCAUCGUGCGGCCCCUAGUGCCGCCUCCAAAAGAAGGCAGUGGACCACUGCUGUCACGCCGGCCGGACCGCGAACUGCCCAACAUCCCCCGACGCAGCAUCUGGACGACGACGCUGCCGCUGUUCGCGGUGCUGGUCGGGGUGGCCAGCUUCGCCAUCUUCAACUACCAGAAGUCGAGCAGCUCGACCGUCAACGCGAUCCUGUACGCGCUGCGCACCAACGACCACGCCCGCGCCCUGCUCGGCGACGAGAUCUACUUUGCCAGUAAGGUGCCGUGGAUCCGCGGCGAGCUGGCCCCCUUGCAGGGCGCCAUCGACAUCACCUUCUGGGUCAAGGGCACCAAGACCGCCGCCUUGGUCAAGUUUGUCUCCGUCCGCCGCCACAGGGACGGCUUCUUCGAGACCCUCGAGUGGAGUCUGAAAACGAAGGACGGCAAGCAGAUUCAGUUGUUGGAUCUGGCCGGGACCAAUGAUCCCAUGCAGGGCGCCAAAAUAUGA